ACCAAGAUGGCGUCGGGUGCAGAAAGCGGAGAAAACGGACUCGAUGGCGAUCAAAACGGCGAAAAUACACCUAAAGCAGACGAACCUGUGGGGAAUAUUUCAAGAUUCUGUUGUCUUCCACCUGGCUAUAAUGGAAAACCAAAGAAGGGUCAUCUGAUCUUUGAUGCUUGCUUUGAAAGUGGAAACCUUGGUCGAGUUGAUUACAUCACAGAAUUUGAAUACGACUUGUUUAUCCGACCAGAUACUUGUAAUCCUCGCUUUAGAGUCUGGUUUAACUUUACUGUAGAGAAUUCGUCACCUUACCAACGAGUCAUCUUCAAUAUAGUUAACUUUAGCAAGACGAAAAGUCUGUAUAGAGAAGGAAUGACUCCACUUGUGAAGUCAACUAGUCGUCCAAAAUGGCAGCGAAUCCCUGCAAAAAAUUGCUUUUAUUAUCGCUGUCCUGAUCACAGAAAAAACUAUGUUCUAUCUUUUGCCUUCGCUUUUGAUAAUGACACAGAUGUCUACCAGUUUGCAUACUCCUUUCCUUAUACUUAUACGCGUUUGCAGAACUAUUUGGACAGUAUUGAACGUCAAGGACUUGGCUUCUUCGAAAGAGAGUUGUUAUGUACGACUGUGCAACAACGAAAGCUCGACUUGUUGACCAUAACGAACCCAGAAAAUAAUAACUCGAAGAUUCGUAAACGAGUUAUCUUUAUCACGGCUAGAAUACAUCCAGGAGAGACCCCUUCGUCAUAUGUCUGUCAGGGACUGAUUGAUUUCCUUCUGAGCAAUCAUCCCACAGCUAAAAUACUUAGGGAGUACCUUGUGUUCAAGAUUGUUCCCAUGAUCAACCCUGAUGGAGUUGUGCUUGGAAAUUACCGGUGCUCAUUAAUGGGGUUUGACCUCAAUCGGCACUGGCAUGAACCAUCCCCAUGGGCACACCCAACCCUUGUCGCCACAAAGAACCUGGUGAUGGAACUUGAUAGUGAUAGUACUGCCCAUCUUGACUUCUACAUAGACAUCCACGCACACUCAACCCUGAUGAAUGGAUUCAUGUAUGGUAAUAUUUAUGAAGAAGAAGAACGGUUUGAAAGACAAGCUGUGUUCCCUAGAUUACUCUGUGCCAAUGCUGAUGACUUCUCAAUGACGAAAACCUCGUUCAAUCGUGAUGCCAUGAAGGCAGGCACAGGGAGAAGAUUUCUUGGCAGUUCUCUUGAUCCUGCAACCCACUGCUACACCUUAGAAGUAUCAUUCUUUAGUUAUCAUACGAAUGGCGCUAUGUCACCCUAUACUGAAGAUGGCUACUUUAAACUAGGACGUAAUGUUGCCAGAACUUUUCUAGACUACUACAAGUUGAAUUCCUUGGUUGGAAAAGACAAGGAUGGUGGCCCAAGGUCACCAAUUCGGCGAGCAAGUAUGGGGGUGUCUAACAAAGCACAAGGUGGUAGUAAUGAUCCUAACAGUGUCACAUAUCCUAUGAAAUUUUAGUGACAUUUUGGUUGCAUAUCUGACGAAAUGUGAAUAAUAGCAACGAGAGUGUCUUGUUGUAAUAUGUGAUAUGUAACACUGUAUAACAGAGGUAUAGUAGUUAGUUUUACUUAAAUUUCAAAAAUAUAUAAAUAUUUAGUAAAUAGAAUCUUCUAUUGGUUAAAACAAUAUCUUCUUUACUAUUAGAUGCAUGUAAUAAUGAACUGAUCAGGUGUUUUUUGUUUUUUUGAGUGGGGGCCAGGCAGUGUGAUUUGUGGGGGGUGGGGGGGUCAUUAAAUGAAAUCAGUUUCAAGAGGGGGAGUCACCCAAAAAAUCAGAGUCACACAGUGAAUGAACAGAAUAGUAAGCAAGGGAUGGGUCAUUUUUAUGCAGAUUUUUUGUAUGGGUUGCCAAGCAAAUCUAACCUACCACCCCCUCCAGCCUUAACAAAAAUUGAAUGGCCCCUAGACAUCUUAAUAGACUGCAGUAAUUGCCCUGUUUCACCAUGACGUCACUGCUUGUGUAUGUGGGGGAUAGCAUCAUCAAAUCCAAUAGAAAAUUCAUAAAAAUUUGCUCCUAGCGAAACAGUUUAAUCUAAAAUGGCCUGG